ACAAACUUUCCCAUUUUUUCCUUUUUACCCUAUUUCUCUCUCUCUCCCCCCUCUCUCGACCCCACACCUCCCCAUCACCAACACCUCCAAAGUACAUAUUACAAACGAAUCACCGAGUUUGUGGGCGGUGCGUUCUCUCCACGCGACCAACUCAGCGCCGGAGUAAAGUAUAUCCUCCAUCGUGCGACCGUCUCGGUUAGUGGCGGAAGAUCGACGGUUUCACUGUUUCUUAUUCGGAGGUCUCCGGUUUUUCUUCUUGAAGUUUAACUUGAAGAUUAUCUAGUGGGAAGAGGAUGUUUGGAUCAAGCCCUUUUGGGCAGACUACGAGUAGCCCAUUUGGGUCACAGAAUGUUUUUGGGCAGAACACAAAUGUCGGCAACAACCCUUUUGCCCCUAAACCCUUUGGGACUGCAACUCCUUUUGGGGCGCAAAGUGGGAGUUCUCUCUUCAAUAGCACUUCUACCGGUGUGUUUGGGAGCCAGAAUUCUUCUCCUAUGGGGUCAACAUCUGUCUUUGGUGCUUCAUCGUCUCCUGCUUUUGGAAGUUCGACGCCUGCUUUUGGAGCUUCAUCUACUCCUAGUUCAUCAGCAUUUGGAAGUAUGUGUAUUAUUUGUUUUGAAUCCAGAAAAAUCUGGUUUCCCCCUUCCCUGAUGGCCUGAUAUAAUUUUCUUAAUCAUUUUAAGGACUUUUUUUUCAUUUAUUUUAAUCUUUGUGGUCAAAUUUAUUAUUUGUAGAUAAGGUUGCAUUGCAUUAAUUUAGAUGACUAGUGAUGCCUGUUUUGCUUACUAAUAUUUGUUUGCCGUUUGUUGUCAUGGGGGAGUUGAGACUUGAGUGGAAACGGAUUGAAGUUUACUUAAUAUAAUAAUAAAUUGAUGGGCCCUACUUUAUUGGCUGCUGAAGAGGAGUGGUUUGGUAUGAAGAGAUCACAUGAGACCAUUGGUUUUAGGCAAGAUGAAAAAUUUUCUUCUCAGACCCCAUGCGCCAAGAAAGCCUUAUAUGACCGAGUUUAUAUUUAUGUGAUUUUUCUUUUUGAAACUUUCCCCUCAUAAGGAACCUCACACGAGGUGAACUCAAUGGAGUAAUAGAGUACUGGCAAUAGAGAAUAAAUGUAUAUAUUUCUGAAUCUGAAAUCGGAUAUCCAUAGGUGUGUGUUUUCCCUUUGUUUUAUCAUGAAAGGUUUCUAUUCAGACUCCACUUUUGUUAAAAGAUAUUUUUAUCUUAGAAGAUGAAACUUAAAAAGCAGUUUGUUAAUUGUUGUAAAUCAAUAAGCAGGUACAUCCAUGUUUGGACAGAAGCCUACUUUUGGUGGCUUUGGAGCGAGUACUGCUCAAACAGGUUCAUUUGGAAGCUCAUUUCAACAAACACAACCAGCUUUUGGAAAUAGCCCAUUUGGUUCUUCUACACCUUUCGGCUCAGGAACUCAACCUUCAUUUGGCACUCCAAGCACACCUACGUUUGGUUCCUCACCUGCAUUCGGUGCAACCGCACCGACUUUUGGUACCACUAGCACACAGGCAUUUGGUGCCACUACACCAGCCUUUGGUUCCACUGUGAACCCAACAUUUGGUACCACCACUGGUGCCUUUGGUGUUUCUAGUUCUCCCGCUUUUGGGUCUACUACGUCGUCAUUUGGUGCUCCGACAACUUCAGCAUUUGGUGUCGCCACAAGCGCACCGGCAUUUGGAGCCACCCCAAGCACUCCUGCUUUUGGUGCUUCGAGCUCGGCUUUCAGUUUUACUAAUUCAUCUCCGUCUUUUGGGCAGCCUGCAGCUUCACCUUUUGGGCAGCCUGCAGCCUCACCUUUUGGGCAGCCUGCAGCUUCAUCUCCGUCUUUUGGACAAUCAACCUCACCCUUUACAAGUUCUCCAUUUGGAUCCCAGGCAACCGCUCCACCUUUUGGGGGCACAGGUUUUGGUCAAUCAACCUUUGGAACUCAGCAGGGAGGGAGUAGGGCAGUUCCUUAUUCUGCAACACCUGAGGACGGGUCAGCAGGUGCAAAGCUUGAGUCCAUAUCAGCCAUGCAGGCUUACAAGGAGAAGAGCCAUGAGGAGCUUCGGUGGGAGGACUAUCAGAGAGGAGAUAAAGGUGGACCUGCUCCUGCUGCUCAGUCAACUCCUGGACUGAAUUUUGGUUCUCCUGGAUUUGGAACCGCCACGACUACUGCAUUUGGACAAACAACACCUAGCAAUCCCUUUUCAACGACGACACAAUCCAAUCCUUUUGCACCAAAACCCUCCUCUUUUACGAGCCCCGGAUUCGGAACUUCAUCCUCUGCUUUUGGUUCUUCACCGUUUGGAACUUCAACAACUACAGCUAACCCCUUUAGUUCAACACAAACGACUCCGUCUUUGUUCACUUCUAGUCCAUCAUUUGGACCAAGUGUUUCCCCCUCACCUUUUAGCUCUUCAACUUCCAGUUUUGGGACAUCGACUUCUCUUUUUGGUGGUUCUUCGGCGCAAACGAAUCAGGGCUCAUCUGGCUCUCUUUUUGGCAACACUCAAUCGCCCUCGUUAUUUCAAUCAACCACUCCUUCGCUGGGUCAAACAAACUCUCCUUUUGGGCAGAGUACUACUCCCUUUGGACAAAGUACACCAAGUUUUACUCAACCAAGUCUGUUCAAUCCUCCGUCUUCUGGUUUUGGUGCGAAUACUUUUUCAAGUACUCCUUCGCUGCUUACAAACAAUUCUGGAUUUGGACAGGGAACUCCUUCAAUUUCUACACCAUUCCAGCCGGUACAGACUGCUCAGAGCGGUAGUUCCUUUAGUUUUGGAAACUAUGGUCAAACAACAUCAGCUGGUAUAAGUGGCUUUGGUACUUCCUCAAAUAUGUUUGGCCAGAAUACCUUUGGACAACCCUCAACUGUGCAAGCUCCUGUAGUUCCACAAGCAGUUUCAACUAAUCCUUUUGGUACCCUGCCGGCGAUGCCUCAGAUAUCAAUUGGUCGGACAGGCACUUCUCCGUCAAUUCAGUAUGGGAUUUCUAGCAUGCCUGUUGUUGACAAACCUGCCCCUGCAAGGAUAUCAUCAAUUUUGACAUCAAGACAUCUUUCCCAAAGGCGAAUAAGGUUGCCUGCGAGGAGAUACCACCCGCAGACUGACGGUCCUAAGGUUCCUUUCUUUUGUGACGAUGAAGAGACACCGAGUAAACCAAAGGCAGAUGCCCUUUACAUCCCAAGAGAGAACCCUAGAGCUUUGGUGAUUCGCCCAGUGGAGCAGCAGCAAUCUCAGAUGAGUGCUGGAAAAACUAUUCUAUCGAAAAACACGUUCAGUGCCACUCAUGAGAAUGGUAAAACUCCUGAAGCUGGUCCCACCCCAUCUAUGAAUGGUUUUAGCAAUCAGGAUAAAGUGGAAUCUAUUGAAAAUGGCUUUGAAGAACGGACUCUACCUAAACAAUGUCAGAAGCCUAAUGGAACUUCUGAUUCAUUGAGUGUUGCUCCUACUGGUCAUCGAGCUGGUGAAGCAGCUAUUGCAUAUGAGCAUGGUCCUGAAAUUGAGGCGCUGAUGCCGAAGCUUCGCCACUCGGACUAUUAUACAGAGCCCAGAAUCCAGGAAUUGGCUGCCAAGGAAAGGGUUGAGAAUGGUUACUGCCAGCGUGUGAAAGAUUUUGUGGUUGGUAGACACGGGUAUGGUAGCAUCAAGUUCAUUGGAGAAACAGAUGUGCGGGGACUUGAUUUGGAAUCUCUUAUCCAGUUCAAUAAUCGAGAAGUGAUAGUCUACAUGGACGAGAGCAAGAAACCUCCUGUUGGACAAGGUCUAAAUAAACGUGCAGAGGUUACUCUUCUCAACAUAAAAUGUUUUGAUAAGAAGACAGGACUGCAUUACACGGAAGGGCCGAGAAUUGAGAAGUAUAAGGAGAUGCUCAGAAGGAAAGCAGAGGAUCAGGGUGCUGAAUUUGUCUCUUACGACCCUGUAAAAGGAGAAUGGAAAUUCCGGGUGGAGCACUUUAGUAAAUACACCCUCAUAGAGGAGGAGGGUGAUGAAGACUUGCUAAAUCUUGCUUGAACGAAAGAGUUCAGCAGUACGGACGUAUGGUAUUUUCCUGGUUCUAUGGAUGUUUUUGUACAGGAUAUUAGUGUGUGGUCUCUUUUGGUUGGAAUCAUGGCCGUCGGUUAAAGCCAUGGUUUCAUCAGUUUUGUAAUUUCUUGACUUGUAUUUAUAUAUAUAGAUAUCUUUGCCAAAUUUGUUUGGCCGUCUUUUCUUAAUAUAUGCCUGCCCUUGAUGACAUGCCUGCCCUUGUCACUCGAAGAUGGUUCUCGAAAUAGUUGUAUAAAAUUUGGAAAAUAUUGUAGACUUACCAUCCAUCCUAUAGGCUCCGAACUGUAAUCGGCAAGAAAGGGAUGUAUAACUAUAGCCUAGUGGACUGAAAUAUAGAUAUUGUGGGAUUAUAAGGAGUUGUGGUUGACAUGUCUGGUUCCCUUCCCACCUAGAAGAGGAUUAUCAACUUCCACAAUUCCCAUUCUGACCCGCCACCCCAAACAAUAAUCACUUAUUCUUGGUCUUUUU